AGGAGAUUGACCACGAUAACGCGAGUGUUGAUCAAAGAAAGCGUCGACAUGACGCCAAUUUUAAAAUAAGUUGAUCACGCAACGCUAUUCAUUACGUGUAGAUGAACCGAGAACACAAAAACCCGUCGAUAGGUCAUUAUUUACGUUUCAUCUUAAACCCGGAAGUUGUAAGCGUUCAUAACGUCGCGCCGGUAUUUCCGUCCGACGUCUCGCCGACCCGUGAUACAAAGAAGGCACAACACAAGCACGCUCUGUCCAGACUCAGUUUAGUAUUUGUCUUCCUUUAAAACCCUCAAGUGUCUUACUUAGUUCUUCAGCGAUAGUAACGUCAAGUCAGGAUGUUGCUUCGUCUUUUUUCGAUUGUUUUUUGUGGGCGGCGCAGGGGAGGCGUACAGCCAAAACCGACCUCAUUAAUUAGUCCCUAAUCGAAACCAAAUGGCUGUCUCGCGCUAUAAUUAAUUGAAGAACACAUUCAAAAUAGAAUGGAAAAGUCGGGCUUUUUCCUACAUUAGGCAACCCUUCCUGAGAGCAAAUGGCAGCAAAUGAAGAAAAAGAACCCAAAUAGCCACAGAGUCGAGUGCUUGACGUGCCAGUGGAUGUGGCCGCAACAUGGGAGGAAAACUUUCAUUAUUCUACCGUGAAAGGUCUUCGGCAAUAAGGCUGUGGUUCAGUCUUCAUUUCAACCCGGAUCUUACCGCUCCUGUCCGGGUCCCAAAGUCUGGAGUGGCGCCCACGUGUGUGUUUGGCGUUUCCCUACAGACGCUGAGACAAAACGGGAAGAUGAUCCACGGCGUACCGCUCGUCUUACGAGAUAUGGUCGAGUUCUUGGAGAAAAACGCGAUGGACUACAAAGAUCUUUUUCGCGUGGGCGGCUCAGUGGCGAAGAUCCACCAAUUGAGACGGCGGCUGGAUCAUGGCGAGAAAGUCAAUCUGGAGCUGGAGCAAGUGCCCACUGUGGCUUCGCUCCUCAAGCUCUUCUUUCAACAGCUGCCUGACCCCAUCGUCCCCGAGUACCAACGCAGAAAUCUCGUGCAGAGCUUCAGAGCCAAUCCAGACGAAGCCCAGUUGAACUUGGCCUUGAAAAAACACCUCUGCCGCAUCCCGGACGACAACCUCGCCGUCCUGUUGUACUUUGCCGACUUCCUUUCCAAGUUGGCGGCUUGCAGCCAAUUGAAUCACAUGACGGUGGACACCCUCGCCACCGUUUUUGGACCUUGCAUCUUUCACGUUCCCGCCGGCUCCAAGAUGCUGGAGGAGCAGAACGUGUGCAACACCGUGAUGGUCCAUCUUAUCCGGAAGCACAAGAUCCUCCCUUUGCCCCCCGGCAUCUCCCGCCCACCUUCCCCGGCGUCCUCCAACCCUCAACACUUCUGAGGCAAAAGGAGGAGGAGGAGGUGGUGACGCUUCUCC